AUGGGUCAAAAACGAUUUAAAUUUGGACGAGAUUUGUUUAUUUGUAAUGAUAAGUCAUCAUUCACUCAUCAAAAUUCGUUACAAACUAAAAUAAUGAGUGAUGAUUUAAAUGGCGAAGAUGAUGAAUUUUUUGAUGUAGAUGAUGUCAUAGACUCUUAUGAUCCAAUACAAAGUUCAAAUAUUCAAAACGAGCUAACAAAAGAAUGGAUCGGUUUAACACGUCGAAAUUUUGGAAGAACAAAAUUACCAGUUCAGAUGUUUGAUCGUUCACAGAUUAGCAUCUGGAGUAUAUUGAAACAAUGUAUCGGAAAAGAAUUGUCUAAAAUUUCAAUGCCAAUAAUUUGGAAUGAACCAGUAUCAUUCUUGCAACGUUUUACAGAAAAUGUUCUCUAUUCUUACCUACUUGAUAAAGCAGAGCAAUGUGAUGACCCGAUCAUGAGGAUGCAGUAUGUAGCAGCCUUUGCGGUAUCAUCGAUCGCCAGUAAUAUUGAUCGAUUAUCUAAACCGUUUAACCCAUUGUUAGGUGAAACAUAUGAAUUUUCCAGAGAAGAACUGAGUUUUCGAUUCAUGAGCGAACAAGUAUGUCAUCAUCCUCCAGUAUCAGCAUUUACAUGUGAGUCAUUAGAAAAUCGGUGGAAAUUCUAUGGAAGUAUUUUGCCAAAAGUGAAAUUUACUGUUAAAAAAAUGAUUGUUGAACCGAAAGGAACAUUGACAUUAGAAUUAAAGAGGCACAAUGAAAUUUAUACUUGGGAAAGUCUGACCUGUACCAUUCAUAACAUCGUUGUUGGAAAAUUGUGGUUUGAAUAUCAUGGCACCAUGGAAGUAGUGAAUCACACAAGAAAACUAAGGGCUGUGCUCAAUUUUAAACCGUAUUCAUGGUCCACUAGAGAGUUGCAUAAAGUUGAAGGAUACGUGUAUGAUUCAAAUAAACAAAAAGUUCGAGGUCUAUAUGGUUUCUGGACAGAUUCAUUUUUUUCAAUCGAUAUAGACAAUUUCGAAGCAUUCCUUAAACAAAUGAAAAAAGAACCUAAACAAUCAACAAAAUCCUCAGCAACAGCAUCACUCGUUGCCGAUGAAAGUGAAGAUCUAGACAAUGAAGACGUACCUGAUAACACAAACGAACACAAUUUACCUCCAAAUUCAUACCAGUUAUGGAAAAUCAUUCCAAAACUAGAUUAUUCUCCACAAUAUUAUAACUUUAAUCUAUUUACUAUGGCAUUGAAUGAAUUAACUGAUGACGUUAAACGACAGUGUCCUCCAACAGAUUGUCGAUUUCGUCCAGAUAUGAGAAAAAUGGAAGAUGGUGAUAUUGAUACGGCGAAUCAAGAAAAAAAUCGUUUAGAAGAAAAACAACGUGCAGCAAGACUAGAACGUGAAAAGCGCAAAGAUGACUGGACACCAAUGUGGUUUCGUACUGAAAAACAUUCGAUAACUGGCGAAGAUGUUUGGUGUUCUAAUAAUCGAUAUUGGCAACGACAAUGGUCAGAUUGUCCCGAUAUAUUUUGA